AGUACUCAGCACCCCAGGCGCUAACUGCUCGUGUCUUGCGCUAUGGCUGGUCCGGAUAUCAAGUGGACGGCUGGCCCUGGCCCGGCCCCGCUGCCGUACUCAAAGCGGGCGAGAGAAGCAAUGGGUGUCACCGACGAUGAUAAACCGUGGGCGCACCCAGACCCACCGGCGGCAGAAAGCUGGGGGUUCGGCGGCGGCGGUGAGAGUGACACUCUCACAGAGGGAAGGCUUCGGACCAACUUUUUCCUGAUCGUUCUCUCGAUCAUCUUCGCUAUCUGGGUAUACCGAAAGGUCGUGAAGAGAGAUCACUCUCCCUUUUUCCACGUCUCCCCAACACCGCCGCAGUCGGAGGACGUGAAGGUUUCAGAGGACAUGCGAACAGCGAGAGAGGCCAGACUGAAACGGUUCCAGGAAACGAAAACCUCGUACGCUGACAUGAUGAAGGAGGCGGCUGGGGGAUGUCCUCCUGCCGAGACAGUUCGAAACGAUGAUGAUGGCGGGAAUUCUGUGGCGGCGGAAGGGCAGGGAUAUUCGGAUGGGCUGCGACGUAGGGGAGGGGGUGACCAAGCAACAACAGGCUGAAAGUGUCUAUGGAAAUCCCUUGGAGCUCUUUGGUAUUGUACACGUAGUGUAGAGUAUUGUGUUGCGGUAUCGUAUGGGUGACUUCGGCAA